GCGGAGGGGCGGCUCAAAUAAGUAUCUCCAGGACCCAAAGUAUGCCCAGACUAACCCUAAUCGCGUGACGCGGCCUCAGGCUGAGCAAACAUAAAAUGGACAGUGAAACCCCAUCCACCUCAUCUGACCGCUGCUAGGUAUGCCUAGCGAUCUGAACGCGUGCUAUCCCGAGAUCGAUAGUAAGGGACGCCAGUUAUUGCCUCCAGGCCGGCAGAGGGAGCCCAGCCGCUGGGUGAAGCGCAGAGCGCGUCCAGCGGGCACAGCUUGCACUGCGCAGCCGCGGACGGAGGCUUCGCCAACACCAGACUCCGCCGCGGGCCGAGGAAGGAGGUGCUGACCCUGCGCGGCGCGGUACCGCUAGGCGAUGAGCGCUUCGGCCUCGGGCUGUCGCCGCCGGGCGCGAGUGUCCCGCCUCGUCUCCUUCAGCGCGACCCACCGGCUCCACAGCCAAUCUCUGAGUAAUGAAGAAAACUUGAAACUGUUUGGGAAAUGCAACAAUCUCAAUGGCCAUGGGCACAAUUAUAAAGUUGCAGUGACAGUACAUGGAGAGAUCGAUCCUGUUACAGGAAUGAUUAUGAAUUUGACUGACCUCAAAGAAUAUAUGGAGGAGGCAAUUAUGAAGCCCCUUGACCAUAAGAAUUUGGAUCUAGAUGUGCCAUACUUUGCAGAUAUUGUAAGCACAACAGAAAAUGUAGCUGUAUAUAUCUGGGAAAACCUCCAGAAAUUUCUUCCUGUGGGAUUUCUUUAUAAAGUAAAAGUCUAUGAAACUGACAAUAAUAUUGUGGUCUAUAAAGGAGAGUAGCCCCUAAGGGUUAAUACUAUAGAAAGAUUUAAUUUCCGUGGUUGAAAACGAUCUUUAUCCCUUUGGACUAUUAAGAAGUCAUCACAUAAUUAUUAUUGCACCUCCACACUGUGUUCCGGAGUGCCUGAUUUAUUGAAAUCAUUGUGAAUAAAACUUGUUUUAAAUUCAAAUCUGUUUUAAAACCAAA